AAUAGAAGACCAGGAACAGUUAGUAUUCAUUAUUUAGGAAAAUCCGUCAGAUGUGUCGAAAUCCACAACGGUAGAAAUGAAGAUCAAACUGACUUUAUCGUUGUUUCUCCUUCUCAGCAUUGCAGAGGGUAAACUACAGAAGAUAACAGAGGAUAAUUGGAGAGAUGUGCUUCAAGGAGAAUGGAUGGUGGAAUUUUUCGCCCCUUGGUGCCCUGCCUGCCGAGCCCUGCAGCCGAGCUGGGAUGAGUUCAGUGGAUGGGCAGACGAUCUGGGAAUUGGAAUUGCUCAGGUUGAUGUAACAGAAAGUCCUGGACUGUCCGGGAGGUUUAUGGUGACAGCUUUACCAACUAUAUUCCACGUCAAGGACGGCGUGUUCCGUCAGUACCGUGGUGCCAGGGACAAGGACUCCUUCAUCACCUAUGUCGAAGAGAAGAAGUGGACGAGUGUAGAGGCAGUCUCUGAUUGGAAGUCCCCAGACUCCCUCCAGAUGUCUUUGGUCUCACACUUCUUCAAACUAUCCAUGCUGCUCAGAAAUGUUCACACAACACUCACAGAAGAUUAUCAAAUGCCCUCAUGGGCUUCAUAUGUGGCCUUCGCAGUAGCAACUAUUUUGCUAGGUGGAAUUCUUGGGCUGAUGCUUGUCUGCUGUAUAGACUGUAUCUAUCCCCCCAGAAGGGAGCCUGUGCCACAAACCAGUAGAAGAGAAGAUAAGAAGGAUUCAGAUGUUGAGGAAGACGAUAUUCCUGAUGAAUCUGAUGAGGAUCUGAGUCAAGAUGACCGGAGUCAGGAUGAAGGGAGCCAAGACGAGGACGGAACCCAGGACGAGGACGGAUCCCAGGCCGAGGACGGAUCCCCGGGGGAGGAGGAGGAUAAAGGGGAGGGGAAUUUUCGUGAACCUGAAGUCAAGUCUAGGAGAAGAAAACCAAGGAAGGCUGACUAGAUUUGAAAACAUUCUGGAUCAGCUUUCAGAGUCAAGACGACAUUUGAACUCUAUCAAAGAUUUCCGGAGUUCAGAUUCUAAUCCUUGCUCUAGUUAAAUAUAUAUAAUAUAUAGUUCAGAAACAUUUUGGAUUCGUCAGAUAAACAAAUAUGUUUUGGGCUCAGUUAGUUAGAUUCUAACACAAUUCAGAUAUAUGUCCUCAGCUCUCCGCAAUUUAGUGCUAUCAGAGGAAACUACCCUUCAAGGAAAAAUUAAGUGAAAGUCAACUUAAUUAUAAAUAAUAUUAAAUGACCCUUUUUAAAUUGAGCAUGACUGAUUCACAACUGUUCCCUUCAAACUUAUAUCUUGAACAAAAAUGUUGUUUUUCUAUUUGUAAAAUUGAUGAUUUUCAAUUUGGGGUUGUAAAUUAUGCAGCAGAGAUUAAGAAAGAAAUUGUCAGAACUAAAAACUUCUCUAUGCAAUAUCUUCUAAACUUUGUUGCUGAGUGAAGUGUUUGAAGGGUACAUUCAGGGGUCAAUAAACAAAUUACGUUUAUAUUCCCUGCAACAUUUUAGCAUCAUGAACCUUAUCAUGUAAUCUGCGUAGGGCAUAAAUGAAAAUCAAAAUUUCGUUUCAAAAUUAUUUGUUUUCUCGCCUUUUUAAACCUGUCCUCCCAAGAAAGUCGUAAACUUAACCUUAAAAUAAAUUCUGAAGGAUCUUUUUGCUGAUUGCUCAUUGCUUUUAAUUAAAUCGCUACACAUUUGAUUUAUUUUGCUACUUGGUAUGUUUAACCAAUUAACCAGUGAAACAAUGAUUGUGAACAAUUUCUCUCAUGAUUAAUUGUAAUUAAUAAUGAUUUUCACAGUGAUUUAUUAUGUCUUAAUAAAGUAUAAUUUAAAAAGUU